AGUAAAACGAGGAAGACUCCAUUGACCCCCGGCAUCGGAAGCCUAGCGAUGAUCGUCAACUUCAUUGCCGUCCUGCUUUUGAUCCAACCCUCUUUGCCCCUGGGAUCCAAAACCAGGCACUUCAAAUGGGAGGUCGGUUACGUGUUUCGUUCCCCGGACUGUCUCGAGAGACCCGUGAUGGGGAUCAACGGCCAGUUCCCGGGCCCUACGAUCCGGGCCGAGGCCGGGGACACCCUUCAUGUGGAGCUUACCAAUAAGCUCACCACCGAGGGGGUUGUUAUUCACUGGCAUGGAAUCAGACAGUUUGGAACACCAUGGGCGGAUGGAACUGCUUCCAUCUCUCAGUGCGUCAUCAAUCCAGAGGAAACCUUCGUUUACAGAUUCAAAGUCGACAAGGCGGGGACGUACUUCUAUCACGGGCACUACGGCAUGCAGAGGGCGGCGGGGCUAUACGGGUCCCUGAUAGUGGACGUCGCGGAAGGAGAGAAGGAGCCGUUCGAUUAUGAUGGCGAGUUCAGCCUCUUGCUGAGCGACUGGUGGCACCAGAGCGUGCAGGAGCAGGAGGCCGGCCUCUCUUCCGUGCCCUUCCGUUGGAUCGGCGAUCCCCAGUCGUUGCUGAUGAACGGAAGAGGGCAAUACAAUUGCUCCCUUGCGUCAAGCUUCGCCGUCGCCGGCAGCAAUGUGACCACGGGUCAAGGUGGUCCGUGCAGGUUUCUCGGUCACGAAGAUUGUGCACCUCAAAUUCUCAGCGUGCUUUCGAACCGGACGUAUCGGCUCCGACUGGCCAGUGCUACUUCCCUCCACUCUCUCAACUUCGCAGUCGCGAGCCACAAGCUGGUGGUGGUGGAGGCCGACGGCAACUACGUCCAGCCCUUCGCUGUCGACGACCUCGACAUCUACUCCGGUGAGAGUUACUCCGUCCUCCUCACGACCGACCAAAACCCCGCUGCCAACUACUUCAUCUCCGCCGGCGUCCGGGGAAGGCAGUCCAACACUACUCAAGCCCUGACCAUCCUCAAUUACAAGCCGAACCCACCCCUUAAAACUCCUACCUCGCCGCCUCCGGUCACCCCUCGCUGGGACGACUUCGAUCGCAGCAGGCAGUUCUCCCUGAAGAUCCGCGCCCUCGUCGGACGCUCCCCGAAGCCACCGAGGAAAUCCGACCGCCGGAUUGUCCUCCUCAACACGCAGAACACUGUCGAUGGGGUGGUCAGGUGGUCGAUCAACAACAUGUCGCUGGCGCUGCCCGCGACUCCGUACUUGGGCUCGAUCAAGUACCGGCUGAAGCACGCCUUCGACGGUGCUCCGCCGCCAGAGACGUUCCCGGAGAACUACAACAUCACGAGGCCGCCGGCAAACCUCAACUCCACCAUCGGGAACAGAGUCUACCAGCUACGGCUCAAUUCCACGGUGGACGUGGUGCUUCAAAACGCGAACGCGAUGAACGAGAACAAUAGUGAGAUCCAUCCCUGGCACUUGCACGGGCACGACUUCUGGGUUCUGGGGUACGGCGAGGGGCGGUUCGCGGCGGCCGAGGCGGAGAAACAUUUCAACCUGGAUGAUCCGCCCUCGAAGAACACGGCCGUGGUGUACCCGUACGGGUGGACGGCGGUGAGGUUCGUGGCGGACAACCCCGGGGUGUGGGCGUUCCACUGCCACGUGGAGUCGCACCUCCACAUGGGGAUGGGCUCGGUGUUCGCCGAGGGCGUCCACCGGGUCGGCAGGAUACCGGGGGAGGCCAUCGCAUGCGGGUUGACGGCGAGGAUGAAGUUGGCUGCGGCCGAGGACGAGGACGGGAAUUGACGAGUGAUUGAGUACGGUGAUUCGCGUCUCAGGUUUUCUUCUCGUCUAAUGGAUCAACUAAUAGGCGGACUAAAGACCCAUUAAAUCUGUUAUGUUCGAUUUUAGCCGUUAAAUAAGUUAUGCCCGAAUGAAACCGCUAAAUCAGUUAAAUUCAAAUGAAACCUUUAAAUCUAUUAUCUUCCGUGUUAAAAAGGGCGAGGCCCGUCCUUAUUCUGAUGGAGGAAUACAAAUGUACCGAGAAUUCUUGCACAUGAUCUACCUAGUAACAUGCCAAUUGAUGAGUACCACCUGAGAAUUGUUAAGCAAUUACAA